GGGACCAUACGCUUUGCGGAAAGCUAUCACGCUGAUAACGUACCCGCGUUUCACCCUCUCGGUCGAAAUGACAGAUUUCCCCAGUUUCGACAUAUCAGCCCAAGUCCGGCCGAUAAUGUGAACUCGACAAUAUAUGUGGCUCGGAUGACAAAGCAUCUUUAUCAUAGCGUCAAGUGGAGUAUUGAGUCAUACCCAAGCAAAACAUAGUGCUCAUGCUAUUUGUCUGUUACCGCACAGGCACACAGGGGCGUGUUUAGGCCGUAUAGGCUGUUGCAACCUGUACAUAUGCUGAUUGAUAAGGCUUGUUUGCGUUUUACAACUCGCCAGAGAGAACUGGGGACAAAUAGCUUGGUGAAUAUUUUACGGUGGAAGGACAUUCCCCAGAGAAAGCCAUCCCGUGUACAUUAACAGUGGAGAGUAUGAAGUGACCUGCUGACCACAGGAAAGGUCACUAUAUCAGGCUAUACUGGCCAUCUGUUGACCGUAGAUCUACGACACAUUAGCGUACAGUACGGACAGUACCAGUUUAUAUACCUAGUUAAACAGCACUGCUCAUUAAUGAUUGUGACUUACAAGACCAAGAUACAGGUUCACCCAAGGUGCACCAAAGCCACACAGGCGUGAGUUACCAAUGUAGACUUACCUCUGUAUUGCACUAGCCGUACUGUGACUGCAUGGUGAAUAUACACAUGGCCGAAGUGUUUCCCUGUAUGCACAAAGUGAACAGCUCCAUAUAUUCAGGCAAGAAUUAACCAGCAGAAGACCAUUAUGGAGCCACGGCAGAGGGCGAUAUUGCGCAAACGAUUUGCGAGUCUGCGAGAAGAUAUGCUAGACCCGAAACUUGGGAUUUUGGAUUUGCUGUAUCAAAAUGGUAUUCUGGAAACAGACGAUGUUGAAAGAAUCGAAGCCGAAGUGACCAGGGGUGAUCGGGUCAGGAAAUUAGUGGAGAUAAUCAUGGUUGGAGACCACAAGGACUCUUUUCACCAAUUUCUUAGGGCUUUAGACGAGCACCAGCCCCAUCUAUCAGCAUGUUUACGUGCUACUAGUGUCAGUGCCGAGGACUUGUGUGGCGAUAAAUUAACAAUAGCUUACUGCGAUCCAUGUGACUCGGUGGGCAGACGAGAACUGGCGAAGGAAACGUGUGUAGAAUGCAACGAGAGUAUGUGCAAGCGAUGCGCCCUCUGCCACCGAGGAAUGAAACUAAGCAAAGACCACAAACUCUAUCUCAUCGGAGAGGCCCCGCCGGACACGCUGCAGGGCGCUAAAGAAGAAAGGGAGAUGACCAGUUGCACUGACCACGUUAACGAAAAAUGCAAACUCUACUGUGUCGAGUGUGGGCAGUUAAUCUGCCUUAUGUGUAAGCUUUCUGACCAUUUAGAUCACAGUUGCGUUGAAAUCAACAAGGCGGCAAGUGAACUCAGAAUGUCGAUCGCGCAAAGGAUGAGCGUGCUGAAAGCUUCGCCAUCUGCAGCGUCGUCUGCCAAGGACAAUGACACUAAACAGACAGAUGUGAUAAAUAAAUUGGAAGAAAGUACAAAACUAGCUGAAAUACAGGUUGAGAAAAGAGUCGAGGAACUCUCUCUUUUGCUGCGAGACGUUGCAAAAAGUGUAUGCAAAAAGGGGACAGAAAUCCAAUCGGCGCAACUGAAACGCACCGAGUCGUUGAAAAACACAACAAACGGGCCUCAGCUAGAUGCAUUUUCCGAAAUCAUCGACUCAUAUUCAGAUAUUCAACUACUUUUAAACAAGCAGGAUAUUUUGUCCAAACUAGACAAAUCUGAAAAGCACAUGUCCACUCUAGAAGAACCGAGCCCGGAGUUAUAUUUACGAUGCAGCCCCAGUGCUUCAUUUUUUCUUGAAAAAGCGUUCGGAACAAUUUCCCUAUCACCCAAAUUACUUCGCGAAUUCAAAGUGCCUUUCUCUAAGCAGGACGAGUGUCUGGUUUACCUGGACGCGAUGGCGACAGGGGACUUGGCAUUAGGCACAAGGGGUGGCGGAAGUGACAGCGUACUUGGGCGUGUCAUCGUGUGCGACAAAUACGGGAGAAAACGUCGAGAAUUGACUGUGAGGGGUCUGACAGGUAUCGGCCAUUUUCGAGACGGGACAAUCGUCACCUCCGUCUGGUGCAAACGGACGCAAGAAAUCCAAAUACAUCCAGUCAAUGGAUAUGCCAGGUUUUCCUUCCCCUGCGUAGCACCGGUUGCCAUGGCAACGGACGGAAUCUCCUUAAUAGUAGUCUUAAGCAUGGGCACCUCGAGUGACGUAAAAUGUUACGACAAGCAGGGGUCCCUUUUAUGGUCAUUCGUUUACAAAAUGAGAUGCCAGUUUUCUUUUGCGCCGUUUAUAGCAAUAUCGAACAGUGGCCGUGUGAUAAUCUCGGAUCCAAAUGACAGUGUGGUGCGCUCGUAUCAAAACGAGAGCGGAGAGCCGCUUUUUGUAUACAACAGGCGUGAAGAAUAUCCGCAACCCGAGAGACCGUACGGUGUGGACGGCGUAUGCGUCGACGCGGAUGGUUUUGUGUUCGUGGCCGAUAUGGAAAGCAACUGCAUUCAUCGCCUGUCUCCGUCUGGGGCCAGUCUAGGUCAGUUUCUGACCGUUAAGGAAAAUCUCCAGACACCGGUUGCCCUCUCUACGACUUCUAAUGGCGGCCUUGUCUGUGGACAGAGGGACGGCUGGGUGAAAAUAUUCAAAUAUAACUGGACAUAAUGUUAUUUGGGUACUUAUAUUACAUGCUGUUGGUUUUGAAUAAAACCAGUGCCUGUAUUACAGUAAUGCAGUUAUAGUGUUUCUUUAAAAGAAUCGUCCGAAAGAAAAAACGCCUGUGCUAGAUUUAUAGCACAUUUUUUGCAUCAAAAUGUAACAAAGUUGUGCCUGAUUAGAAUGUGUGAUCACCUUCAAAAGUUUUAACAGAUUUUCGAAAUAAUAUCUGAAAACAUUAUUGAUUCAAUAUUUGGAGUAAAUAAAGCGGGGAGAGCAUUAGUAGGGUGAAGCAUUAGGAAACAGUGUCAAAAGUGCGAUCAAAAUCAGUUGUACGUAAUGCCAAGUAUCCCUCUGCAGGGGCGUAUCCAGGAUUAGGCCUAUUUGCGUGGGGUAUGGUAUUUAAGAGGGCGAACAGUGCCGUCUGGUAUGGUUUAAAACUAUGAUUCAGCUAGUCAAAUAUCUAAUUUCAUGAUGGGACCAUUGGUGCGAUUUUUUCAGAAAUCGAAGGGG